AUGGGCAGCGCCGACAAGUCAAAGAGCGCAGCGUCGCAAGACCCCGAGCGGGUGGGCGAGUCUCCCGCGCUGGCGGCCACGGAGUGCAAGGACGUGGCGAGCGCGCACGACGCGCCCCACGAUGCCGUCUUUGGCGAGAUCACGGAGGAUGGGCCCAACUACCGCAGCCUCGGCUGGCUGGGUACCGUUGCCCUCAUGAUGAAGACACAGAUUGGCCUUGGCGUCCUGUCGAUACCGUCGGCCUUUGACGCAUUGGGGCUCAUCCCGGGGCUGAUCUGUCUCAUCAUCGUUGCUUGCAUCACCACAUGGUCGACCUACAUCAUCGGCGUCUUCAAGAGCCGCCACCCUGAAGUCUACAGCAUCGACGACGCCGGAGGCUUGAUGUUUGGUCGCAUCGGGCGUGAGACACUGGGCGCUGCGUUUUGCAUCCUGUGGAUCUUUGCCGCCGGCUCAGGUAUGCUGGGCAUAUCCAUCGGCCUCAAUGCCGUCUCGACCCAUGGUGCUUGCACCGCCAUCUUCGUCGCCGUCGCCGCCAUCAUCGGCUUCAUGUUUGGCAGCAUCCGCACGCUGGGCCGCAUCAGCUGGCUGGCCUGGAUCGGCCUGACGUGCAUCAUGAUUUCCAUCUUUACCGUCACCAUCGCCGUCGGUCUUCAGGACCGCCCGGCUGCCGCGCCGCAAGAGGGCCCCUGGUCGUCCAACUACAAGCUCUUCAAGAACCCGUCCUUCACCGAGGCCAUCUCGGCCGUGUCGACUCUCGUUUUUGCCUACGCCGGCACGCCGGCCUUUUUCUCCAUCGUGGCCGAGAUGCGCGACCCCCAGCAGUACACCAAGGCCGUGCUCGUCUGCCAGUCCGGCGCGACCAUUACAUAUAUUGUCAUCGGCACCGUCGUCUACUACUUUUGCGGCUCGUAUGUGGCGUCGCCCGCGCUCGGCUCUGCAGGCGUUUUGGUCAAGAAGGUGGCGUACGGCCUCGCGCUUCCCGGUCUCAUUGUCACUACCAUCCUCGUCAUUCAUCUGCCUGCCAAGUACAUCUUUGUGCGCAUCCUCCGCGGAUCCGUCCACCUGACGGCCAACGGCAUCAUCCACUGGUCGGUCUGGCUGGGCUGCACGUUUGGCACCACCCUCAUCGCCUACCUCAUCGCGAGCGCCAUCCCCGUCUUCAACGGCCUCGUCGCCCUCAUCGGCGCCCUCCUCGGCACGUUUCUGUGCUUCCAGCCGAUGGGCUGCAUGUGGCUGUACGACAACUGGAGCAAGGGCAAGAAGGAGCGGUCGCUCCGGUGGAAGCUCAUGGUGUGCUUUAGCGUCUUUGUCGUCGUCUCCGGCACGUUCCUGAUGAUUGCGGGAACGUACGGCUCCGUCGUCGGCGUGAUUGACUCGUACAAAAAGUCGGGCGGCUCUGGCGGGUGGACGUGCAAAGACAACUCUAAUUCCGUGUGA